CGGCUCCCGCUGCUGUAAAGGAUCCUCCUCUGCCUGCACUAAUCCAGCUCCGUUACACCCGAGAUAGAAGAGGCUGCUCCCUCCGGGCGCUGCCACAGUGUGGAUGCUGCCCUCCUGACCGCCCCCUGCACCGGGACCCAGGAGUCUCGCCGAACAGGGAGCACCGCAGGGCAGCCGCCUCCUGCCCAGAGAGUCCCCAUGGAGCCGGGCGGUGGGGCGGGCAGUGUGCCCGGCACUGAGGGGGCUGGUGGCACAGCACCCCCUGAAGCAGAGGGCAGCACAACUCAGCCGGUCCUGGCAGCUCCGCAGGCUGGCCAGCCCCAAGAGGGGACAGUGCCGGCUGCCACCGAGACACAGGACAGAGGGAAGGACGAGCCCAGGCAGGAGAAGGCUCCGUCUGCUGCCACGGCUCAGGAUGGCGGACAGGCAGAGCCUGGGAAGGAGAAGACUGCAGGAGAGGCCGGCGAUGGGAAGGCGGAGGCGGCCCCGACUGUUCCAGAGUCCCAAGAUGGAGGAAAGGCAGCGCCAUCAGAGAAGGAGGCUUCAGCUGCACAGCACGAUGGAGGGCAGGCAGCAUCUUCUAUGGAGAAGGUGUUGGCUGCUGCCGAGGCCCAGGCUGGAGGGAAGGAUGAGAAGGAUGAGCCUGGGAAGGAGAAGACUCCAGCUGUACAAGAGCCUGAAGGAGGGAAGGCAGUGCCCGUGGAAGGGGAGGCUCCAGCUGCUGCUGCGGCUCAGGAUGGAGGGAAGGAUGAGCCCACGGAGGAGAAGGGUCCAGCUGCGGGAGAGCCCAAAGGAGGGCAGGCAGCGCCCGCAGAGGGGAAGGACCCAGCUGCAGCAGAGGCUCAGGAUGGAGGGAAGGAUGAGUCCAGGAAGGACCAAACUCCUGGUGGGUUAGAAGCUGAGGGUGGUGGGAAAGCAGAGCCCACAGAGGAGAAGACUCCAGCUCCAGCGGAGGCUGAAGGAGGGAAGGCAAAGCCUACGGAGGAAACAGCUUUGGCUGCAGCACAGGCUCAGGAUGGAGGCAAAGAAGAGUCUCCAAAGGAAAAGGUCCCGGCUGCUGCAAAGGCUCAGGAUGAAGGGAAGAAAGCUGUAAAGGCAGAGAAAACCCCAGCUGAUAAAAAGUCUGCAAAGGAGAAGGCUCCAUCUGCUGCAAAGGAGAAGGCUCCAGCUACUGUAAAGGCUAAGAAUGGAGAGGAUAAAGUGGUAAAGGCAGAAAAAGCCCCAGCUGUAAAAAAGCCUCAAGAUGGAGGUAAAGAGGAGCCUGCAAAGGAGAAAGCCGCAGCUCCUGCAAAGGAGAAGGCCUCAGAUGCUGCCAAGGCUCAGGAUGGACAGAAAACAGCAACAAAGGCAGAAAAAGCCCCAGCUGCAAAAAAGCCUCAAGAUGGAGGCAAAGAGGAGCCUGAAAAGGAGAAAGCCGCAGCUCCUGCAAAGGAGAAGGCCUCAGAUGCUGCCAAGGCUCAGGAUGGAAAGAAGACAGCAGCAAAGGCAGAGAAAACUCCAGCUGUGAAGAAGCCUCAAGAUGGAAGCAAAGGAGAGCCUGCAAAAGAGAAAGGCCUGGCCGCUGCAGAGGCGCAGGAUGGAGAGAAGAACACUGCAAAGGUGGAAAAAACCACAGUUGCUUCAAAGACUAAGGAUGGAGGAAAAGAAGAACCCGUGAAGGAGAAGGCCUCAGCGGCUGCAAAGGAGAAGGCCACGGCUGCUGUAAAGGCUCAGGAUGGAGGGAGGAAAGCUGCACAGGUGGAAGUCCCCCCAGCUGCAGCAGAGGCUGGGGAUGGAGGCGAGGAACCCGCAGAGGCAGCGGCCAUGGCUGCUGCGAAGGUUCAGGGUGAAGGGGAGAAAGCGGCAAAGGUGGAGGAGACGGAGCAGCAGCAGCAGCCGAAGGGUCCCGAGCCCCCGCGCCCGGCUCUGCUGCAGAGCCUGAGCUGCCCUGCCACCUGCCAAAGGGAGGAGCAGCCCUGGGCGGAGGCGGCAGUGAUGGAGAUGAUACCGGAGGAGACCACGGCGGUAGAGCAGAGAGAGGGUUCAACAGAGCCUGGCCCUGCCCUGCUAGCCCUCGGGAACCUGCAGCCCUCGGAGCCACCCGUCCCCGCUGGGAGCCCUGGCACCCCGCAGGAGAGGACAUUGCCCAGCGCUGUGGGGCAGCCCCCUGAUCCCGCCGGGGCUGCAGAACAGCCUGGCACUGGGUGGCAACCGUCCUCGACAGAGGCAGAACCACCCCCCAGCCCCUACCUCACCCCCGAUUUUGGGAAGGAGGACCCUUUCGAGAUAUUGGAUGAUGUCCCUCCACCGCCUGCGCCCUUUGCUCACCGCAUCGUCACUCUACGGUCCGCCAGCGUCAGCUCCCAGUACAACCUCAGCUCCAAGGAGAUCCUGGGAGGGGGCAAGUUUGGGGAAGUUCACACGUGCACGGAAAAGCAGACGGGGCUCAAGCUGGCGGCCAAAGUGAUCCGGAAGCAGGGAGCCAAGGACAAGGAGAUGGUGCUGCUGGAGAUUGAUGUGAUGAACCAGCUGAACCACCGCAACCUCAUCCAGCUGUACGAUGCCAUCGAGACGCCCCGGGAGAUCAUCCUCUUUAUGGAGUUUGUGGAGGGCGGCGAGCUCUUUGAGCGGAUCAUCGACGAUGACUACCACCUGACGGAGGUGGACUGCAUGGUGUUCGUCCGGCAGAUCUGCGAGGGCAUCCGCUUCAUGCACCACAUGCGCGUCCUCCACCUCGACCUCAAGCCCGAGAACAUCCUCUGUGUUGCUGCGACUGGGCACAUGGUGAAGAUCAUCGAUUUUGGGCUGGCUCGAAGGUACAACCCCCAGGAGAAGCUGAAGGUCAACUUUGGCACCCCCGAAUUCCUGUCUCCCGAGGUGGUCAACUACGAGCAGGUCUCCUACUCCACGGACAUGUGGAGCAUGGGCGUCAUCACCUACAUGCUGCUCAGUGGCCUCUCCCCGUUCUUGGGUGACAACGACACGGAGACACUCAACAAUGUCCUGGCUGCCAACUGGUACUUCGACGAGGAGACCUUUGAGAGUGUCUCUGAUGAGGCCAAGGACUUCGUCUCAAACCUCAUCAUCAAGGAGAAAAGUGCCCGGAUGAGUGCUGGCCAGUGCCUGCAGCAUCCCUGGCUCAACAACCUGGCAGAAAAAGCCAAACGCUGCAACCGCCGGCUCAAGUCCCAGGUGCUGCUUAAGAAAUACGUCAUGCGACGGCGCUGGAAGAAAAACUUCAUCGGGGUAUGUGCCGCCAACCGCUUCAAGAAGAUCACCAGCUCGGGGUCGCUGACAGCGCUGGGCGUCUGAGCGGGGGCUCCUGGGGGAGCCUGAGCCGUGUGUGAGUUGAGGCCAGAGAGGAACUGCUUGAGAGGGUGCUCGGCAGCCCCUGGGGCCGUGCCCGAGUCCUCCUCAGUCUUGCUUCUGGACGGCAGGAGGACCUGGCUGGGUUUGGUCCCUGCCCGCUUCCCAACACAGGGGCCAGGAGCUGUGCAGCCCCUUCCCUGCCCGUGCUGCUGCCAGAUGGCUGCUCUGGGCCCUGCGGCAUGUGCUGCAACCCUGCUCCACGCCACCACCGCCACCAUGGAUCCUGCUCUGACAUGUCCCCUGGGGCUACCGCCCAGUGGCUGCGGGACUGCUCAGGGACCAGGACCCUACUGGGCUCCUUGCCUGCACCCGCUGCUGCGGAGCAGCUAUGCCAAGCUCUUCCCACCUCGGGCAGCAUUGCUGUACCAGGGACCCCCUGCUGAGGACACCAGCAGCACCCUCCUGGGCUCCUGGGGCUCCAGCCUUCCCCGUUCCCAUCCAGCCAAUGCUCCUGUCUGGAUUUCCUUGGACUGCGAAGCUGCUCCUUAGUGGUGGUUUCUGAUCUCAUCCCUGGCCCGGCUGUGCAAUGCCCGACCGGCAGCACCUCUGCUCUGCUCAUGUUUCCUUCCUGUGGCCUCGGAGGAGAAAGGUUGGCCCAGCCUGAGCCCCGCUGCCUGGGCCGCCCUGCGCGCUUGCCGCUACCUUGGACCCAAGACUUGGGCUCACUGCCUGUAAAUGCUGCAGCCCUGCCCUGCCCUUGCUCUCCCUGGACCCCGAGCUGCCCGACCUCCCUUCCCGGCACCAUGGCUUGGCACGGGGAUGCCAGAGGGUAGGCGUGGACCCUCUCCCUGGCGUUUAUGGCACUGGAGCUGGGGUUGAAGCGCCUCCUCCCUGGCCAGCCGGGUGUGCGGGAGUGGAGCUGGCCCCAAGCUGCUGCUCGCACAGGAAGGGAGGAAGCGGCGAGCACGCUUCCAGCAGCAUCCCCAGCUGGGAGCCAGCGAGGGAAGAAGGAGUCUUUGUGUUCCUCCUGCCCUCCCUGCCCUUCGGCUCUGCCAGCGGGGGAAAAACACAACCUCUGCUUCACCCGUCCCAGCCAGAUCAAGAUGAGCGAGGCGUCCUAAUGCAGAGCAGCUGGACCGCGCUCCCCCGCUCCUGCGAGCAUCGCUCCAGCCCCGACCACCAACACACAGGAACUACCGGUCGGCGGCUGCGGCCGCCAGCUCCCCCCACCAUGCGUGGGGGCUCCCCGGGACCGGCUGGCCUGGGGGAGUUGGGUGCUGCCCCCACUCCUCCACCUCACCCCGUCCCCCCUCUGCCUGCACCCCUCGGGGCUCCCCAGUGCUCAAAGAGGAUGAGGCCUUGCAGCUUCCAGCCUUGCCUGCUGCAGGAGGGGAUGGGGGGGCUGGCAAGGUGUCCCAGAUUCCCCUUGCCCUCCAGCUUUGGCUUUUGCCAUGACCGAGCACCCCCAAUCCAGGGCUGUGUGUUUGCUUCGGGGCUGCCUGUGCCCUCUGUGCCUGCUGGAAACACACGGGGGAGAGACAGGGGGAGGCACUGCCCCCCGCCCAGUCCCACUGGCUGCAACAGGUGAAGGGACUUUGGGCUCAUCCCCACCGGGUAGGGGACACAUCUUGCAGGGUCCUGCCCAAUGCCAGAGUCCUGCCUGGCUCUCGCCUUCUUGUAAAUAAAUGUACAGGUCU